AGUUGAUUCUCGAUUCUUUAAGGGCAGCAAGAUCAAAUGGUCUUGUAUUGGUCAACAGAGGUGGUGGAGAAGUUAACAGUGACCGAAAUUUUAUUUCAUUUUCCUUAAAAACGCACACAUACAUGAUAAGGGCGGCCGCAAACCUUUGCCAGAAAAACUGUGCAAUUGUAGUUUUUAAAAGUAAACCAAUCAGAGACUUAAACGUCACCGGUGAACAGUAUUUUCAUCCAAUCAGUAUGCUUUCUAUACUAUAAAUAUUAGUUCUAAGCCAGUCAUUGCCGUGUCAAGUCUUUGGCCGUUGUGCUUACUUGCUGUUAUGGCUCGCACAAAGCAGACCGCUCGCAAGUCCACCGGUGGUAAAGCCCCGCGGAAGCAGUUAGCCACCAAGGCUGCCCGCAAGAGCGCCCCGGCCACCGGCGGCGUGAAGAAGCCCCACCGCUACCGGCCCGGCACCGUGGCGCUGCGCGAGAUCCGGCGCUACCAGAAGUCCACCGAGCUGCUGAUCCGCAAGCUGCCGUUCCAGCGGCUGGUGCGCGAGAUCGCGCAGGACUUCAAGACCGACCUGCGCUUCCAGAGCUCGGCCGUCAUGGCUCUGCAGGAGGCCUGCGAGGCCUACCUGGUGGGUCUGUUCGAGGACACCAACCUGUGCGCCAUCCACGCCAAGCGAGUCACCAUCAUGCCCAAGGACAUCCAGCUGGCCCGCCGCAUCCGCGGGGAGAGGGCGUAAUUGUUAACGUCUUAAUCUCAACCAAAGGCUCUUUUCAGAGCCACCCACAAUUUCAAGUAAAGUAGCUGUGGGACUGAGAAAUGUUUUUACCGCUCACCGUAUCUGACAAACUUUUGUCAAUUUAACUGCUAGGUCGGUUUCCUCAUUCAAACUUGAAAUAUCUUAGGACGUCCUCUUAGUCGUAACAUGAGAAUAGAAAUAAUUACGUUAACUCAAACUAGGUACUGGCACCUAAGCAACUCAAGAAUAAAACGUGUGCCAAAUCUUAA